GGGCUCAGUGUGCCGGUUGUCCUUGGAGAUGGAGCCGGGCCUGGGCGGCGCAGAGAGGCGACAACGACAGCGGGGCCCCUGGAGAAGCCAAGAUGCCAUCGAAGGGAAAGGACGAAAAGAAAGGGAAGGGUAAAGGUAAAGGCAAAGACAAAGGCAAAGACAAAGACAAGAAGAAGAAGAAGAUGAUAAAAGUUGAGGAAUCUGCCAUGGAGAGAGCCAAGGCCAAUGCCUCCCUGUGGGAGGCCAGGCUGGAAGUCACAGAACUCUCUAGGAUUGAGUAUCGUGAUACUUCCCAGAGACUGGCAAAAUGUAAUGAAGAAUUAAAGAAACAGCAGUAUAGAAUGGAGAAAGACACAAUGUCUGUAUUGAACUACCUGAAGAAACAGGAUCAGGAGAAAGAUAAUCUGAUUGAAAAACUGAAACAGCAAUUGAAUGAAACUAAGGAAAAAGCCCAAGAAGAGAAGGAAAAAUUGGAACAAAAAUAUACUGUACAAAUAAGUGAGCUGGAGGGACAGUUCCAUCAAAAAGCCAGAGAAAUUGGCAUGAUUCAGACAGAGCUCAAAACAAUAAAACAAUUCCAGAAGAGAAAAAUCCAAGUAGAGAAAGAAUUAGAUGAUCUGAAGGAGGACUUAAGGAACACAGAGCAGAAACAUCAGGAGACUCUUAGGAGAUUGGAAGGCAGGUUUUUGGAAGAAAAGCACCGACUAGAAAAAGAGGCUGAGAAGAAGAUAAUAAUGCUGGCAGACAGAGCCCACCAUGAAGCUGUUGUGCAAUUGAACAAUGCUGGAAGAGCUGUUUUUAAAGAGAAUGUUUAUCUCCAGAAAGCUCUCGCAUACCACCUGAAGGAAGCUGAUGCUCUACAAAAAAACUCUCAGAAGUUGCAAGAGACUCAGACUUCCCUUUUACAGCAAAAGGAGAUCAAUGAUCUGUUGGUUAAGGAAAAGAUAAUGCAGCUUACCCAGCAGAGAUUACAAAUCCAAACUCUUCAGAAGAAGGUAGUAAGCUUGGAGACUGCCCUGAGUUGUAUGACCAAAGAGUUUGAGACUGAGGUUUUAAAACUGCAGCAGCAGGCAAUGGUAGAGAACCAAGCGGGUCAGAGUGAAAAUUUCAAGCUGCAGCAUCUUCUUCAGAUGAAGGACAAGGAAAUGAAUCGAGUAAAGAAGCUGGCCAAGAACAUACUAGAUGAAAGAACAGAAGUGGAAAGAUUCUUUUUAGAUGCUCUACACCAAGUAAAGCAACAGAUCCUAUUUAGCAGAAAGCAUUAUAAACAGGUAGCACAAGCUGCUUUCAAUUUUAAAAUGAGAGAGGCAUGUGCAGGAAGAACAGAAUAUCCCAAAAUCCGAACAUUUGAUGGCAGAGAGCACAGCACCAAUAGUGUGAAUCAGGAUCUUAUGGAGGCCGAUAAAUGGACAGAUAUUCAAGGAAAUAUGGACAUUGGAGAUUUGACCUGGGAGCAGAAAGAGAAAGUCUUGAGGUUGCUCUUUGCAAAAAUGAAUGGCUUUGUUCCUAGGAAAUACAGCCAGAGUUCUAGACCUCCAGUUCCAGACUAUAUUGGUCCUGAUGAUGAAACAACAAAGGAGUUUGGGAAUGAAAGUAAGCUUCAAGAUCAAACCUUCAUCACCCAGCAAGUGCCAAUCUUAGACUCUACUGGUGAACUGGUGAUACCCAAUAUUCAGAAAGGAUCACAAGAGUCUGACAUAGGAACCUACUGUCAAGCACUGCUGAACAACAUAUACCCUCACAGAAGCUGCUGGCAGGCCCUUCCUUGCAGAAUCCUUGUUCCUGAAUAUGUUCAAGAAAGUUUCUUAGAGGAAAAAUAUUUUUUUUAAACUUAAAGUCACCUGUUUGCCAUAGAAAUUAGUGUCUCCCCUGAAGGAAGCUCGAGAGCCGGUGAAUGAGAACAUUGGCAAAGGCACUGGAAUGGGCACAUUCACCCCGACCUAAAGCAGAACAAAUCCAUGUCAAAUACUAAGAAAAACACUCAAACAAAGGAACUUUCCAUUUAGAAGCCCAAAUGCUUGGCAUCAGAGAGACCAAUUUUAACUACCCACCUUCCACCCGAUCCUGCAUCCCAUGAGCUUUUAUUCCUGAGGAAGAAAUGGGGCACUGAGGGAGAUCAGAGGGGCAGUGACUGAUCGCUGUUUACCUUCUCCCCUUACAUAGGAAACAGUAAAUGGCUACAAGAAUAUCCUAAGAAUUCUGUUCACAAACCUGUCCGACAUCUACCAGGUGGGAAUACUUCCGAGCAGUGGCUCC